CAAUGAUCAGAACCGUCGGGGCCAGACUCCCAGGGCUUAUGCUCAGCAAGCCAGUCUUGCCAGCAUUCAGAUAUGCGUCCACCACUCCCUCCAAAAGAAAAGUGCCCAAGUCAGGUGACAUAUCACAAGUGCCAUUGAACUUCAUUGGAGUGAUGGCUGACUUCUACAUCCCUCCCAGAUUCAGAGACUGCCCUCCCAGCUCGUGGCACAAGUUGAUUUUCAGACGUUUGGGUGCGUUUGUGGUCAAUACCUACAGUAUCAUCAAAUACAGAAGAGAAACUGGCUUGAAGUUGCAUUUCAACGAGUGGAAGGACAAUGCCAUCGACUUGUUUGUCAAGACCAACAAGAUCUUCGCCAGUGGGUGCAGCAAGAGGUUUGCUGAGAGAGAGCAAUACUUGAAGAAGCAGUUGGGACAGGUCAGCUGUGUGGAAGUGACCAACAGUUUGGUGUCUAGAGCUAAGACCUUCCCUACCGACUCCAAGCUCCAGUGGGAGCUCUUGUCGCUCGAGUCCAACCCCAAGGUAGUUUCUUUCAAUGUGUUGCCGGACGCAAACGAAAUAACCAUGUACAUACAGUUUGUGUUGAAGGCUAGAACCAAACAAAAGGUGAUCAUCGAAAGAGGAGGAGAGUCGCAGGAAACCGUCAGAACCGUCCAGGACUACUUGGUCUACACCCUAAACCCAUACACUGGCGAGAUGUACUUGGCUGGAACUUUGUUCGAGUCUGACCACAUCAGAAAAGUGACUCCAGACGAGAAGUUCACCAACGUCAAGUACAUGAUGGCCUUCACCAAGGCCAGUGGUGAUAUCUACAGAGAAAACCCUAAAAAGAUCGGUUCAAACUGAGCCAAUUGAUCCCAGUACAUAGUCAUGACCCGUAAAUAGUAAUCAGUCAAAUUGGUAAUCAGUCAUAUUAAUGUAAUAAGAGCAGACAUGUUAAUAUAAUCUUAAAAU